CUGUCCGCAGUCUCUCUUAGUGAUGCCCUGUACUGUCAGCAGUCUCUUAGUGAUCGCCUGUACUGUCAGCAGUCUCUUAGUGAUCUCCUGUACUGUCAGCAGUCUCUUAGUGAUCUCCUGUACUGUCAGCAGACUCUUAGUGAUCUCCUGUACUGUCAGCAGUCUCUUAUCUCUGGUCAUCCCCUGCACUGUCUGCAGUCUCUGGUCAUCCCCUGCACUGUCUGCAGUCUCUGGUCAUCCCCUGCACUGUCUGCAGUCUCUGGUCAUCCCCUGCACUGUCCGCAGUCUCUGGUCAUCCCCCGCACUGUCCGCAGUCUCUGGUCAUCCCCCGCACUGUCCGCAGUCUCUGGUCAUCCCAUGCACUGUCCGCAGUCUCUGGUCAUCCUCUGCACUGUCCGCAGUCUCUGGUCAUCUCCUGCACUGUCCGCAGUCUCUGGUCAUCCCCUGCACUGUCCGCAGUCUCUGGUCAUCCCCUGCACUGUCCGCAGUUCUGGUCAUCCCCUGCACUGUCCGCAGUCUCUGGUCAUCCCCUGCACUGUCCGCAGUCUCUGGUCAUCCCCUGCACUGUCCGCAGUCUCUGGUCAUCCCC